UCGGGGUUCUCCCGCUGCCCCACGGUUUAAUUUUGAAGGUUUGGGAGGCGGCCGACGUUCUCAACAAGGCGGCGCUGCCGCUCACCACCAGCGACACCAAAACGGUGUCGGAGUGGAUCAGCCAGAUGGCCACGCUGCCCCAGGCCUCCAACCUGGCCACCCGCAUCCUCCUCCUCACCCUGCUCUUCGAGGAGCUGAAGCUGCCCUGUGCCCGCGUGGUGGAAUCGAGCUGCGUCCUCGAUGUCCUCAUCAAGCUGCUGGAAGUGGUGCAGCCCUGCCUGCAAGCUGCCAAAGAACACAAGGAGGUGCAGACCCCCAAGUGGAUCACCCCGGUGCUGCUGCUCAUUGACUUCUACGAGAAGACGGCUGUGUCCUCUAAGAGGAGGGCGCAGAUGAAUAAGGUGAGGGGGUCCUGGGGGGG